CCUUCCUUUCGCGGAAUGGGGCCGGCGCCGCUCGGGGUCGCGCGCCCGGGACCCGGCUCGCGCUCGGUGUCGCGCUGUCAGCGAAUGCCCGGCUCGCGCCGCCUCCCGCUCUCGCUCAGUCAGUGGCGCCGAAGGCUCCGUUAAGCGGCGGUGGCGGUGGUUCCUGUUUCCGUUUCUUCCUCUCCCUUCAGUCGGGAGUAGCAUCCUCCACCCAGCCACCCCUCCCGCUCCCCCGGCGCCGGGCAGCUGCGGCUGAGGGCUGGGGCGGCCGCAGCGGCGGCGACUGGGGACCGGCGGAGACCGCCUCUGCAGCCGCCUCGGGUUGCUGCUUUUGCUAAGAGAGCACCCAUGACUCUGAUGGUAUUUUCAUUCAAAAUAAAGUACUCGAUUGCCUUUAUUGAUUAACUGAACCAAUUCAGACUUUGAAGUUGGUCUACUGAUAUUACCAACGAGGGAAAGUUUCUCCAACUUAUAAGAAAUAUUUUCCAGUUUCAGAGAAUUAUAAAUUGGCAAAGAAUAAAAAGAAGGCAUGUAGACUCCAUGAAGCACAGAACAAUAAAGCUUCCUGCUCAUACCACCAGGAGGAUCACUUGGAAAGAGUCACCACAGGACUACCAGAGAGACUAAUUUGUCUGAAGCAUCAUGUGUUGAAACAACAGAAGGCUACUACCUUUGCAGUAGCUAGAAACAGUUACAAUGUUUUACGUUCUUUGAGCUCCAGGAAGCCAGGGGAGUGAGUUGAAAAUCUGAAAAUGCGGCCAUGGAGUGGUUCUUGGCGUUGGAUUAUGCUCAUUCUUUUUGCCUGGGGGACCUUGCUGUUUUAUAUAGGUGGUCACUUGGUACGAGAUAAUGACCACCCUGAUCACUCUAGCCGAGAACUGUCCAAGAUUCUGGCAAAACUAGAACGCUUAAAACAACAAAAUGAAGACUUGAGGCGAAUGGCUGAAUCUUUACGGAUACCAGAAGGCCCUAUUGAUCAGGGUCCAGCUUCAGGAAGGGUUCGUGCUUUAGAAGAACAGCUUGUGAAGGCCAAAGAACAGAUUGAAAAUUAUAAGAAACAAACUAGAAAUGGUCUGGGGAAGGAUCAUGAAAUCCUAAGGAGGAGGAUUGAAAAUGGAGUUAAAGAGCUCUGGUUUUUCCUACAAAGUGAAUUGAAGAAAUUAAAGAAUUUAGAAGGAGAUGAACUCCAAAGACAUGCAGAUGAAUUUCUGUCAGAUUUGGGACAUCAUGAAAGGUCUGUAAUGACAGAUCUAUACUACCUCAGUCAAACAGAUGGAGCAGGUGACUGGCGGGAAAAAGAGGCCAAAGAUCUGACAGAGCUGGUUCAGCGGAGAAUAACGUAUCUUCAGAAUCCCAAGGACUGCAGCAAAGCCAAGAAGCUAGUGUGUAAUAUCAACAAAGGCUGUGGCUAUGGCUGUCAACUCCAUCAUGUGGUCUACUGCUUUAUGAUUGCAUAUGGCACCCAGCGAACGCUCAUCUUGGAAUCUCAGAAUUGGCGCUAUGCUACUGGUGGCUGGGAAACUGUGUUUAGACCUGUAAGUGAGACCUGCACAGACAGAUCUGGUGUCUCCACUGGACACUGGUCAGGUGAAGUAAAGGACAAAAACGUUCAGGUGGUUGAGCUCCCCAUUGUAGACAGUCUUCAUCCUCGUCCUCCAUAUUUACCUCUGGCUGUACCAGAAGACCUUGCAGAUCGACUUGUGCGAGUCCAUGGUGAUCCUGCAGUGUGGUGGGUGUCCCAAUUUGUCAAAUACUUGAUCCGCCCACAACCUUGGUUGGAAAAGGAAAUAGAAGAGGCCACCAAGAAGCUUGGCUUCAAACAUCCAGUUAUUGGAGUCCAUGUCAGACGCACAGACAAAGUGGGAACCGAAGCAGCCUUCCAUCCCAUUGAGGAAUACAUGGUGCACGUUGAAGAACAUUUUCAGCUUCUUGCUCGCAGAAUGCAAGUGGAUAAAAAAAGAGUGUAUCUGGCCACGGAUGACCCUUCUUUAUUAAAGGUGGCAAAAACAAAGUACCCCAGUUAUGAAUUUAUUAGUGAUAACUCUAUCUCUUGGUCAGCUGGACUACAGAACCGAUAUACAGAAACUUCACUUCGGGGUGUGAUCCUGGAUAUACACUUUCUCUCCCAGGCAGACUUCCUAGUGUGUACUUUUUCAUCCCAGGUCUGUCGAGUUGCUUAUGAAAUCAUGCAAACACUGCAUCCUGAUGCCUCUGCAAACUUCCAUUCUUUGGAUGACAUCUACUAUUUUGGGGGCCAAAAUGCCCACAACCAGAUUGCCAUUUAUCCUCACCAACCUCGAACUGCAGAUGAAAUCCCCAUGGAACCUGGAGAUAUCAUUGGUGUGGCUGGAAAUCAUUGGGAUGGCUAUUCUAAAGGUGUCAACAGAAAACUGGGAAGGACGGGGCUGUAUCCCUCCUACAAAGUCCAAGAGAAGAUAGAAACGGUCAAGUACCCCACAUAUCCUGAGGCUGAGAAAUAAAGCUUAGAUGGAAGAAAAGAACAACCAAACUCAGUUCAAACCAUUUGAGCCAAACAAUAGAAGAAGAAGGCCCUGACCUAACACAUGCUUAAAUGAGUAGACACCCUCAGCACCAGGAGCAACUAGGAACUGACAGAUGCCUCAUUGGUGGAAUUCCUCUUUAACAAGGGCUGCAAUGCCCUCAAACCCAUGCACAGUCCAAUAAUGUACUCACAUAUAACAUGCAAACAGAUUUUCUACUUUGCCCCUUCUUUCAAGAUUAUGUCCCCAUGAAAUAAACACUGCCACAUUGUGUAA